CAGCUGCCAUAGUACUGGCAGGAUGAAUGGGACAGAAGGUAUCAAUUUUUAUGUGCCUAUGUCCAACAAGACGGGGGUGGUGCGAAGCCCCUUCGAGUACCCCCAGUAUUACCUAGCCGAGCCCUGGAAAUACCGCCUUGUGUGUUGCUACAUCUUCUUCCUCAUCUCCACCGGUCUGCCCAUCAACCUCCUCACUCUCCUGGUUACCUUCAAACACAAGAAGCUCCGGCAGCCACUCAACUACAUCCUGGUCAACCUGGCGGUGGCUGACCUCUUCAUGGCCUGCUUUGGCUUCACCGUCACCUUCUACACAGCCUGGAAUGGAUAUUUCGUCUUCGGUCCCGUUGGCUGCGCCGUCGAGGGCUUCUUCGCCACUCUGGGAGGCCAGGUUGCCCUCUGGUCCCUGGUGGUCUUGGCUAUAGAGCGUUACAUCGUUGUCUGCAAGCCCAUGGGAAACUUCCGCUUCUCUGCUACCCACGCCAUGAUGGGCAUCGCUUUCACCUGGGUCAUGGCCUUCUCCUGUGCUGCUCCACCCCUAUUUGGCUGGUCCAGGUACAUGCCGGAGGGGAUGCAGUGCUCCUGUGGCCCUGACUAUUACACCCACAACCCCGACUACCACAACGAGUCCUACGUCCUCUACAUGUUUGUCAUCCACUUCAUCAUCCCAGUCGUGGUCAUCUUCUUCUCCUACGGACGCCUCAUUUGCAAAGUCCGAGAGGCAGCCGCACAGCAGCAGGAGUCAGCCACCACCCAGAAGGCAGAGCGGGAGGUGACACGGAUGGUGAUCCUGAUGGUGCUGGGCUUCAUGCUGGCCUGGACGCCCUAUGCUGUAGUGGCAUUCUGGAUCUUCACCAACAAGGGAGCAGACUUCACGGCCACGCUGAUGGCAGUGCCUGCCUUCUUCUCCAAGAGCUCCUCUCUCUACAACCCCAUCAUAUACGUCCUCAUGAACAAGCAGGUGAGAUGUCUUGGUGUAAGGGCCCUCCCCUGCCCUGGGCUCCCCUGCACCGCAGGCACCUCGAUCCCCACCAGCUGCAUCUCAGCCUGGGGAGCAGCACAGCUCAGGGCUGCUGGCAGUUCUCAGACCCAUAGCACACCCUCACCAUCCUCGAGUGCUGACAUUCUCCUUCUGUCUUCCCAGUUCCGUAAUUGUAUGAUCACCACUAUCUGCUGUGGCAAGAACCCUUUUGGUGAUGAAGACGUCUCCUCCACCGUAUCCCAGAGCAAGACUGAGGUCUCCUCCAUCUCCUCCAGCCAAGUCUCACCUGCAUAGACCAUGGACAGUUUGAACUGGGUGACGGCCGAGCUUGGGGACCGAGACAUCCCCUGACCCACAACCACGUUCCACUCAGUCACUCCCCUGUGCACUGAAGCCCUCCCCUGCUGUCCUGUGUGCUCCUGCCUGGCAAAGCAGCUGUGUGUGCUGCUGCUCCUUCCCUUGUCCCCACCUGUGUUGUCUCCCUGGUGCCAAUGUGGCCCUCUGAGCUCUCCCACAGCCCUGAGCACUACACACCCUGCACAUCAUCAUUGUGCUAAGCUUGGCACAAGAGCAUGGGAAGGGGGAAAGAGCAACCCAAGGUUGUUAUGGGGAGUAGGGGGAGUCCCUUUGUACCACUGAGUCUCUGACGCAGGGUGUGUGUGUGCAAACACCUUUCUUGAGGUUCCCACAUGCACAUGCAGAGCUGCAGGGUGGGCAGCAAGCAGAGUAG